AUUUCCUCAACUCCAGGAUUCUCCUGGGCAGUUCCUCCACCUAUAUGGGCCUGUGUGAGCACCUCCAGAGGGAUGAGCAGCUAAGGAACGCCAAAAUUGCUGCUGAUGAGGAGAAUGCCAGCCUCCGGAAGAAGGUGGCCGACCUUGAGGAGACCCUCCGGUCGGUAACAGAGGGGGCGGACCAACGAUUGGAGGCUGUCAAGGCCGAGGGAAGGGCUGAGGGCAAGACUGAAGCUGAGACGGUUGCCAGGGAGGCUGCCCAAGCCGCUGCUGAAGCCACCGAGAGGGCCAAGAUCGAGGCGGUGGGUGUGGCCGAAAAGUCCACUGUCGAUGCCUUCGUCGCCGAGGGCUGGAUGGCCGAGGACAGAAAUGAAUGGGUUUCCUCGGUGGUGGAAUAGAGCGUAGACGACGGGGUUGAAGGCCCCGACAAAAUGUGGUUGGCCGCGAAGGGCGAAUCAUAUUAUCAAGGGGGUGAGUUCUUCACCCAACGUCUGGUAUACCGAAAGCUGGCGUGGC